AUGGCCAAGAAACGAAAUCCCAAUCCUGCAUGUUGUUCCGAUACCAAAGGGAUAUGGAAUGGUUAUGUUUCCACAUUGGCUUUGGCAGCCGGGUACGAACGCUGCCUUCCUUUUUUCCGUCUCCUUUUUAGACGUCGCAACAAGAUUGAAGAAAGUCUUAAAAAACAUGUUCAUCAAUAUGAUCAACAGCAAGCCGUAAAUCAAGGUGUGUUGAAGCUUUCACCUUUCUUCAAAUACCAGGAAAGCUCGACGACAAAAGAUUGGCUGCAAUCUAAUGCACAAUUGAGGAAGCAUAAAGAGCUGCUUCAGCUGUGUGAUAUGAAAGAGUCUACAAUGGAGCCACACAAUUUCCUUUUCUUUUUCUAUAUGGUGGAUAACCUAUUGACCCAUGUUCAAAUCCUGGCACCACUCAGCCCUUGUGGCCAUGGAGGUUCGCCUGUAGUGACUCCAGGGCAUGAAGCAAAGCUUUAUGUUUGCAGCGGGUGA